GAAAACCUAAGUAUCAUUUAUUUACACUGAAGUUAUGGAAGCUUGAGAACUUUAUGUGUUUACAAGCCACUUAAAUAAGCAUAGGUGUGUCCUCUGCCUCAGAAACCCUGUGCUUGCUGAAUUUGCACAAUUGUGUUCACUCUUGAGUUUGCCUUGCACAUUAGUAUCUGCUAGUUCUUGUCAAUCAUGAAAAAAAAGGAAAAGAGUAUUGAUCAGGAAUCAGUAAAAACGUGAAAUAAAGGUUUUGUGUUGACAAAGGGUAUGGUCCAGAGAUAGAAAAGAUGCAGAAUAUUUGAUAAUACUGCUCUGUUGGAAUAAUACUCUCUGUAAGCUGUUAAUUAUUGUGCUUCAUUACCCUCAAUGCAGUCUUUUCCAGAGGUUACAGAACAGCAGAGUAGUAGAACACGGGAAAAUUCUCCUCAGAGUAUUUUAGUGUGACUGCACCGAGGGUCAGCUUACCAGUGCUGAAGGAUAUGGUGGAGCAUGGAACAAAUUUGCUCUUCCUACAGUUGUGAAAUGGGAAUAAAACAGGCCUUUCUGCUGUAAAUGAGUAUGGUUCUGCUUUCCAUUUUGGAAUCUUAACACAGAAUUAGGACUAACUUCUGUCAGGCUGAAAAUGAACUGAACUCAGUGCUAUGGCUAUAUGCUGAGCACCUGGCUGGGUGAGCCCUGCAGAGGGUUCCUGAGGGAGAGGCCUCAGUAUUUGUGACACGCUGGUGCAGCAGUGCUGGUACAUCAAGCAGCAGCGCCUGCUGUCAGGGCCCUAGGAACACACUGAGUAAAUCCUCGCCAGAGAAGUGGUAGCUACGUCACUGGAAAAUGUGAACUUACAAAUGCUGUUAAAAGCAUAUCUGAACAUUUAUUGGGACUUUAAAAAACAACUUAAAAAACAAUUGAGAAAAGGUCUCAUUGUUUACUUAUUAAAAUUAAUAUACUGUACCAUCACAUAAAUUUCCUUUUGAAGAAGUGAUACUUAUGUGGUUACAAAGGAUCCUUACUGAGAACUGUUUUCACAAUAAGAGAAAUAUCUCCACAGCAGCAACAUCCCAUCUGCUUUUGGGAUAUUGGCCCACAUCUUUCUAGAGCCUUGGGUAUCAGCCCGGGCCGUAAUGCAGUCUCCUGAUGUUGCAUACCCUGCUGCCAGCAGCCGCGCCCCGCCUGUCCCCGCUUUCACUUUCGCUUCUCCUUCCGGCCCCGGGCGGCCUCACCUCGCGGUUUUCGUGCUCGAGCGCCGGCGGCUCCACGCUGGAGGAGGUGAAGCCCACCGAGGUUCCCAAUGAAAGCAUAAAACAGUUCAAGCUGUCUCCAGACUUUCUUCAAUGAAAAUAGCCAAGCACAAGAAGGCAGCCCUGUUGGCCUUGUUGGAGAUAAAACUAUGGGAUGUUCUAUUCUUUGCUGGAACAGCUUAUCUUUCAAACUGGUGUCUGUUUGCUUACUGUGUGCAUCAAUUGGAAAGCAAUGUCAGAUUAGAAAUACAAUGGCAGAUUGUAGUCACCUAAAGCUGACACAAAUUCCUUCUGAUCUUCCAAACAACAUAACAGGUUUGGACAUUUCCCAUAAUCAGCUAAAAAUGCUUGCUCCUGAGAAUCUGACCCAGUACAGCAAUCUGAUUUACUUAAAUGUGGGAUACAACAUCAUCUCUAAACUGCAACCAGAAUUGUGCAAAAAUAUGCCCCUGUUGCAAAUUUUAAAGCUAGAACACAAUCAAUUGCAUGAACUUCCUGAUGGAGUGUUUGCUACCUGCAGCAACCUGACUGAGCUCAAUCUAGGAUACAACAUCAUAGAAGUAAGAAAUGAUCCUUUCAAAACCCUGGAGAACUUGAAUGUUUUGGAUCUAUCUCAUAAUCAUUUGAAGUCAGCAAAUUUAGGAUUGCAGCAACAGCUGAAGAACCUUCAUGACCUUGUGUUGUACAGCAACCAAAUCACUGAGUUAAAAAAAGAAGACUUAAAAUUUCUUAGCAACACUUCAUUGAAUAGUCUUGAUCUGUCAUCAAACCCCUUGAAAAAGUUUCACACAGGAUGUUUACAUGCAAUUGGAAAUCUGUUUGGCCUUAUACUGAACAAUGUUGAACUUGGUGAAAAUAGCACGAAGGAACUUUGUACGGAAUUAUCAAGCACAGCGAUUCAGAACCUCUCACUGAGCCAUGUGAAGCUCUCACACAUUAGCAGGUUAACUCUCCAGGGACUACAAGGAACAAACCUCACAGUUUUAAACCUUUCAAAAAACUCUCUCUCUGUGAUAGAGGAUGACUCAUUUCAAUGGCUGUCAAAUUUAGAGUACUUGAACUUGGAGGAUAAUAACAUCUUGAAAGUGUCUUCACGUUUAUUUUAUGGAUUGUCCAGCAUUAAACAUCUGAAUCUGAUAAACGCACUUACUGGGAAAAUUGAAGAUUUUUCCUUCCAAUGGUUAUACAACCUAGAGUACCUUAUAAUGGAUCAUAACAAUUUUCCACAAAUUACGACUAACAUGUUCACAGGUCUGAAAAACCUGAAAUAUUUAAGUCUUUAUAGCUGUAACAUAAACUUGCAAAGAAUAACUAAUAAAACAUUUGUAUCACUUGCUAAUUCCAGCUUGCAAGUUCUCAAUCUCACAAAAACAAGGAUCUCUACAGUAGAAAGUGGGGCAUUUUCCUUGUUGGGACAACUGAAAAUUCUUGAUCUUGGUCUCAAUGAAAUUAAUCAAGUGCUCACUGGUCAUGAGUUUGAAGGUCUCAAUAAUAUAGAAUAUAUUUAUCUUUCUUACAACAGAAACGUGACUUUGCAAAGUGAAUCAUUUAUUUUUGUUCCAAGUCUUAGCAAACUGAUGUUAAGGAAGGUAGGUUGCAAUAAUCUGGCAAUUUCUCCUUCACCUUUUCAUCCACUACGGAAUCUGACUGUCCUGGACAUCAGCAAUAACAACUUAGCAAACAUAAAGGAAGACUUGUUUGAUGGACUUUACAAACUCGAUAUUCUGGAUUUGCAGCACAAUAAUUUAGCUCGACUUUGGAAACAAGCAAAUCCAGGAGGUCCAGUUCUUUUUUUAAAAGACCUUCCCAACUUGCAUGUUCUUAAUUUAAAAUCAAAUGGCUUUGAUGAAAUUCCAGUUCAUGUUUUCAAGGGUCUGCAUCGAUUAAAAGACUUGGAUUUAGGAUCAAAUAAUUUGAAUUUGCUGCCAGCAACUUUAUUUGAUAACCAAAACUCUCUAAAUACGUUGAACCUUCAGAAAAAUCUAAUAACCUCAGUUGAAGAAGAUGUGUUUGGUCCAGUUUUCAAGAGCCUGAGAAAACUAGAGAUGGAUUCCAACCCAUUUGAUUGCACUUGUGAAAGCAUUGCUUGGUUUGCUAGUUGGCUAAAUGUCACUCAAGCAUAUAUACCUGGAUUGCAGUCUCAGUACAUUUGUAACACCCCACCUAAAUAUCACAGUACUCUGGUGUUGCAUUUUGACACCUCAGCCUGCAAAGACAGCGCUCCAUUUAAGCUUCUGUUUGUGAUCACUACCACUGUUGUGGUGCAAUUCAUUUUCAUCGUUCUUCUCAUCCAUUUUGAAGGGUGGAGAAUAGCUUUCUACUGGAAUAUUUCUAUAAAUCGAAUACUUGGCUUUAAAGAGCUUGACAGACUACGGGGAGUGUUUGAUUAUGAUGCCUAUGUUAUUCAUGCGAGAGAAGACACAAAUUGGGUGUUGACGAACUUCACCUCUCUGGAAGAAAAUGAGCAAUUUCAAGUUAAGUUUUGUCUAGAAGAACGAGACUUUGAAGCAGGAAUAUCUGAAUUUGAAGCUAUAAUUAACAGCAUAAGAAAGAGCAGAAAGAUUAUUUUUAUUGUGACUGAACAUCUCUUACAGGAUCCAUGGUGCAGGAAGUUUAAGGUGCAUCAUGCUCUACAGCAAGCUAUUGAACAAAGUCGAGACUCCAUCAUACUGAUCUUUCUUCAUAAUAUACAAGAUUACAAGUUGAAUCAUGCACUUUGCUUGAGAAGAGGAAUGUUCAGAUCUCGCUGCAUCUUGAACUGGCCAGUCCAGAAGGAAAGAAUCAAUGCAUUUCGUCAGCAGUUAAUGAUGGCACUUAAAUCUAAUAGUAAAGUGCACUGAAUUCAGUUUUCUGAUGUUAGAAAACUAGCAGGUCUCCAGUAAAAGCUGGAAAAAAAAAAAACAAAAA